AUGUCUCUGUCUUCAAACGAUGUUAUUGAUAUCGAUCGGGAUAUGGACAAGCAUAAAAACCUGUUUCAGAAACAAGACAAAAAAAAUGGGUAUCAUGAACAAACAAUAGAAGAGUUUGAAUAUUCAAACAUAGUUUUUAAAACAGAAGACAACUUGACCAGAGGCUUGAAACAAAGACAUAUUCAAAUGCUAGCUUUGGUUGGAAUAUUUGGUACUGGCUUAUUUUUAUCUUCUGGAAGUACUCUAGCACUUGCGUAUGUAUCAUAA